UUGUUUUAUUAGGAUUAAAAGUGCCAUUUUUUGCGACGAGCAAAUUUUGCAUUUGCGAGGCGGAGCGAAGCGAAGCCGAGCGGAUGCAAAAUUGCGAGUCAAAAACUGACUUUUAAUCCGAAUGAAACAUACUACUUUUUCGCCAGCCAAAAAGUAAAUCUCAAAAAUACAAAAUAUUGAUAACAAUAAUAUCGAGCAGAAAUGAAUCAAUCUGCAAAGUAGUCUGGUAUCCACGUCGUCAAGGCUUUUUUUGUUUGCUUACAUACCAUUGUUUUGUGAAAACGUUUGCAGUGUUAAUAAUGAAUCCUGAAGAAGAGUUACCUCCCGAUGUGCUAGAAGAAGCACAAAACGUGGUACUGAACUUGUUACCAACAAAAUCGCGCGAAGUGUAUGAGUGCGCGUAUACCCGCUUCAUCAAAUGGUGCGAAGGGAAAAAGAUUCAAACUUAUUCUGAGAACGUCCUAUUGGUAUAUUUUUCCGAAUUGGCUACAAAAAUGAAGUCAUCCACACUGUGGUCGCAGUAUUCCAUGGUGAAAGCAACUUUAAAUAUAAAAAAUGGCAUAGAAAUCGGAAAGUAUUCAAAAUUAAAAGCGUUUAUAAAGAAACAAGGAGAAGGAUACGUUCCAAAGAAAUCAAGGGUUUUAACUAAUGAACAAAUAGAAGUUUUCUUAGACACGGCUCCGGAUUUCAAAUUCCUGAUGAUGAAAAUUGUUGUAAUCUUUGGCGUUAGCGGAGCUUGUCGGUGUCACGAACUAUUACAAAUAAAAACUGAAGAUAUUGAAAAUAUUAAAGCAGGUUUAUUGGUAAAAAUUCCUGAUACCAAAACGAAAAAACCCAGAUCAUUUACGGUUAUGGGGGAAAAGUAUUUGAAAUUUUACGAAAAGUAUGUAGCGCUUCGUCCAAAAAUGUUUAAUGAAGGUCGGUUUUUUAUUAAAUAUGUCGACGGAAUGUGCCAUCGACAAGUAGUUGGCAUUCAUAAAAUUAGUGGUGUAGCCCAAGAAGUAGCCAAAUAUUUAAAGCUAGAAAACUUUAAAGAAUACAGCGGACAUUGCCUACGUCGGACUUCUGCCACGCUUUUUGUGGAUUCUGGCGGUGAUAUUACGUCCCUCAAGAGGCACGGUGGGUGGAAAUCUGACAGUGUAGCCGAAGGUUACAUAGAAGAGUCUCUUAAACACAAAAAAGAUGUAGCAAAAAAAAUUUUUCGUUUGGAAGAACCAGGUACAAGUAGUGAAACCACAAGUAAAAUACAUGAAGACGCAACGAAUAGGAAUGUGAGCGAAGUAAACCUAGAAGAAUCAGGUACAAGUAGUGGAACUACGAAUAGAAUGAUCACACGUGAAGACGGAAUAAGUAGGAAUGUGGGAGCAGUAAACCUGAAUUUUGACACUGUGACCAACCAGACAGCAGGAGCGGUAGAAGUGUUAGCGCAAAAUAUUAUUACUGACCGCAUGAAAAAUGAUAAUAGUGACGGAAAAUCUUUAAUCCAAAUCAAUCGCAGUUGUUCUUAUUGUACAUUCAAUAUUAAUUUUAAAAUUUAAAUAAUUAAUAACAAUGUAAGUUAAUAAUAAAAUUGGAAAAUAUUAA